ACCUGAUUCGUUGUCGGAAGUACCAUUCUGUAUGGAUUACAAGCCUAAAUUGGUUGAAAGUCUUUUAAACCCAAAUUCAUUGUCGUUAGAUGUGAAUAACAAACGUAAAACACUAUUUUCUGGAAAAACAUUUAUAUGUUCUACAGUUAAUCAAUUAAAUCGUCUUUCAAAAUUGGUGAAAUUAGCAGGUGGAGAAAUUAUGAAUUAUUCUGAUGGAAGUUUAUCUGAUGAUGAUAUUUUAAGCUGUACAAAAUAUAUUCUACUGCAACAAGAUCCACACAAUGAGGAAAAUAAUUAUAUGUACCAACAGAUUCUGGAAAAACUUAAGAUUGCGAACAAAAGAUCAAUACCAGAAAAUGAUGUUGGAUUUGCCAUUAUUUUUUCAAAUACUACAAAACAUUGUAACGCUAAUUUCAAUGUUUCCUUAGUUAAUCUUGAAUCUCAGUCCAAUUUAAUUAAAUCACAAGAGUCCGUUGUCUUGGCUCCUGAAACUGAGGUUUUAACUGUUAAUGAUAGUGAAAUAUUUUCAGUAAAUACCGUACCAGAUUCUCUUCCAACCACCAUACCAGAUUCUCUUCCAAACACCAUACCAGAUUCUCAUCCAAACACCAUACCAGAUUCUCAUCCAAACACUGAAUGUGCCUUUAAGAGACCAUUAGAAGUUGUAUCUGACUCUGAAGAAAUUAUAUUACCAACAAAACGUCUUUUAUUGGCAAAUAGUGAAGAAAAAAAUAACUCUAUAAAAACAAUAAGAAUAGAAAAGGAUUUAAAACCGUUCCAAAACAUAAUUGAACCAACUCCAUCCAGUAGUAACCAUGAUGUGCAAAGUCCUAUUCCUAAAACCCAAACAGUCGAUAACACAUUUACAAAUGAUAAUUUGUGUUUAACCACAGCGUCAAGCACACAAUACAUUUCAAGCACCAGUAAAUUGUCAGCUUGGCUUCAAGGCACCGUAGCUGACAAUAAUGUGAACAAUACUAAUAAUUUACAAUCAAAGACUGUUGAAAACCUGGCUGUUCCUACAAAAAGGAAAAUAUCAAAUGAUCAUCAAGUGUUUAAUAACGAAAACGAAGACCCAUUUAACUAUAUGGAUAUCGAUGAAGUUGAAGAACAUCCAAAAAAGAAGCCUAAGAAAAGAGAUAUGGAUUCACUAUUUUUCCCUAUGCUUGACAUAUCUAACAAUAAAAGUGAACCUUCUAAAACUAUGGAGCCUAACCCCAAUAUAGCAGUAGACCCAAAUUUCAUUAUGAAUUUACUCUCCGAAGCCAAAGGUACUGGACAGUUCAUAGAUGCAAGUAUACUGUCUAAUAAAUCGUCUGCUAAUACACAUGAAGAUACUGAAUACGAUUACUUGUUAAAUUCGGUCAUUGUGGAAACUGUCAGUAUGGUGGUAUCUAGACCUACACAAACUGCAAACAUCAUUCAAGGAAAUAAUAGUAAUCUUAGAAACUUCAAGAAAUUCAAGAAGAAAGGACCAUCCAUGCGGAUUCCAUAUAUUUAUCCAAUGGAAUUCACUCAAAUCGAUUAAAGUAGCUUUAUGUUUGUCUAUUAAAAAUUGAAUUAUUAUUUAUUUGAGUUAAGCUUUGUUUAAUUAUAAUAUUUUUACUUGUUUAGUUAUGUAUAAAAAUAUAUUUGUAUUAAUUAAAUAAACUGUAUUGUGUACGGUUGUGAACAUGGUUAUAUCACAAUAAAAAUAUUUUAUACAGUCA